CAUUCUUCAGUAUUUUGAAACUUACCUUGAUGGGUCUUACUUGAUUCUCAAUCAUUUCUAAGGUGAGAAAUAGUAUAACUUGACUUCCUUAUAAAAGAAUUAAGAGUGACUGAUAGAAAACAAUACUUUUGUGAAGAAAGUGAAAUGGUUAGGUUGCUUUCAUGUUGAUUUUUUUGUUUCUUACUUUAGACAUAAUUGGAUACACCUUAACUUACAAUAAGUUGUACAUCCCAUUGUCCUUACUUCCCCCAUCUCCACCUCUGAAAGUAGCAAUCUUGUACCAAAAAGAACUGUUUUUCCCCCGUUGAGUUCAUGGUCUUUGCGAUGGUAAUCUGCAUUUCACAUAGUAUGGCAAUGUUUGAAAUGUAAUACUUCUCAUUGGUAAGUUACGUUCAGUUUUUUAAUAAAAGAUGGGUAAGUGGAAAUAUGGGAUGAAAAUUAGCUGAGAAACAACUGACAUCAGUUUCAGGAAAAAGUACUGCCAGGAUCCUAUAGUAAGUAUUUGGAUCCUGGCUGCUUUAGUCAUAAAUAUGUGGAUCAGUUGUGAUUCAUUGUAGAAAACGGUGGCCAGUGACUUGGGGGCUUGAACAACAUGGUGGGUCAGUAAAGUAGAACUUGCCCACUCCAUCGUAAAAUAUUCCUGCUCCUGCACAUUGGCUACUGAACGACGCCUUCCAGAUAUUAUUAGUGUUAGCUCAUGGAUUGAUGGAGCUGUUGACUGUUCCCUGUAACCUUCCAAGAGCAACAUCAGUCGGGCAAUUUUGAAAGGAGUAAUUAUACUCCAAGCUCGUAGAUUGAUAGAGCUGUUGUCUGAUAUGCAUAUUUAGAGGAGAUUCUGAACCUUGGUAUGCCUACUCUAUUACAUACAUCCAUGUCAGAUGAUUCCAAAACACUGCUAAAGUGGAAGUGAUAUCUGAUCUCCUGCGUUUUUUUUUCAGCAUCAACUUAAAGUUCCAUUGUUUGUGCUUCUGGUCUCUUUGCAGUUUGUCCUAAAUUCAGAAUGAGAACUGAAGAGAUAUUGAAACCUAAUGGAUGGGGAAAAUGUUUCUGGCCGAGUAUUUCGUUUACGUAAAUGAGUGCCAGAAUUCUUGUUACAGACUACAGAUUGUUUACCAGCUAUCACCGGCAUCAGUGAAGAGGGAUUUUAAUUCUCUUAGUCAGUUAGUGAUUUUAACUGUUAGGUUUCCUAGUCAGUUGGUAAUAGUAACUUAAAUGUUAGAAGAUCUGUUCAUGUUCCGAAAAUACAUGUUUCCACAGGUUCAAUCACCAAGAACUGGAAAUAUUUGUGAAAUUUCUGAAACUUUUUUUAAAAUUUUACCUUUAAUAGGUUAUUUUCUAUUUUCAUGAAGAAAAUAACAUCUUGGGAAGGUAAAAGAAUAUUGGGAUAGUAAAUUGCUAGAAAACCAUGUGUAUUUGCAUCUUAAAUGGACAGCAAUUUCAACGAAGUACAAUAGAUUUAAAUUGGCCUUGAUUGUUAUAUUUUGUAUCCACCACCAACCUUACAUUACAUAAUAAAGAAAGAUGGUUGGUGGGAGCUUGGAGUAGGUGAGUUGCUAAAUCUUGCUGACCUGCUAGUUUUACAUCUGAUCUGUUAAUGGAUGCCAAAAAUGAAGAUAACAGAUCGAAGAAAUUAUCAGACUUGGCUCAACGGCUCCGACUGUGUCAGCCUUAUUUAUCUGUAAAUGAUUUUGCUGCCACCAAUGUUGGAAGUUAUGACAGGCCACCAAGAGCGCAGACUGAUAGAAGAGCUGCAGUUCUGAUCUGCAUCUUUGAAGGAGACAAUUGUGAACUGCGAGUCAUCCUCACUCAACGUUCUUCCACUCUCUCAUCUCACUCUGGUGAAGUGGCUCUUCCUGGUGGAAAAAUGGAGGAAGGCGACAGAGAUGAAGUUGCAACCGCAUUGAGGGAAGCAAAUGAAGAGAUUGGUUUGGACCCUUCACUUGUUGACGUUGUUUCCAUUCUCAAACCUUUCUCUAUGAAGAAUGGCAUGGUUGUAGUGCCAGUGAUUGGCCUGCUCUUUGACAAAAUUGCAUUUCAUCCCACCUUAAAUAAAGCUGAAGUCGAAGUGGUAUUCGAUGCUCCCUUGGAAAUGUUUCUCAAGGAUGAAAACAGAAGAGAAGUGGAGAGGGAAUGGAUGGGAGAAAAGUAUCUCCUUCAUUACUUUGACUAUGAAGCCGAGGGCAGAAAGUUCGUUAUCUUUGCUUUGACUGCUGGAAUCUUGAUAGAGACUGCAUCAAUGGUGUACCAGCAAUCACCUGCGUUUGUAGAGAUGAAGCCUAAUUUCUGGAUUAAACCCGCCAAUAAAUGCUAGUAUUGUCAUCGACCCCUAAAUAAUAGGCCACAUUGGAUUUGGGGUCAGUUUUAAGCAAUCUUUCACUAUUGGAUCAGACUCGAGUACCAUACCAGUGUAGUGUUUAUUUAGGUUUUUUUUACAAGGAUAGAUCAUUUCUUUUCUUGUAAUAUCAGUUUCUUUUUUUUUACUUACUGUGACUUGUAUUUUUA